CAAGAACAGGCUAGUGUUCUGUAUCAGAACAUCAACAUAGUAGAACCAAGAUUAAUUCAGCCUUAUGAACGUGUCAUUAAGAACUUCAUCCGAGAGAUCAAACUUCAAAGCACAGAGAUGGAAACCUUAGCUGUGGCUGUGAAAAGAGCUCAAGAUAAAGCAGCAAUGCAGCUCAGUGAACUGGAGGAGGAGAUGGAUCAACGGAUACAAGCUGUAGAACACAAAGUCAGGAAAGAUGAGAAACGAAAAGCAGAAGAAGCACUAAAUGAUCUGAAGUGCCAGUAUGAAAGUGAAGUUGGUGAUCUUCAGGUGGCAAUAAAAAAACUUAAAAAGCUAGAAGAACAAUCUAAAAACAUAAAUCACAGAGAAGAUGUGGCUGAAUUAAAAAAAAGAAUACAUGAUUUGUCAUUGGAAAAUCAGAAACUUAAAAAAAAUCUUUUAGAAGCACAGACAAAUAUAGCUUUUCUUCAGAGUGAAUUAGAUGCUUUGAAAAGUGAAUAUGCAGAUCAAAGUUUGAGCUCAGAAAGAGAUUUGGAAAUUAUCCAAGAAUACACUGAAGACAGAGAUAACCUGGAAAGACAAAUUGAAAUACUUCAAUUAGCUAACAGAAAAUUACAUGACAGCAAUGAUGGCUUAAGGAGUGCACUAGAAAACAGUUUCAGCAAGCACAACAGAGCACUGCGGUUAGCAAACACCUCCCCAGGGGGUACGAUUUCUAGAAGCAGUCCCAAAUGUAAUGGUGGCCAGUCUCCACAGAAUCCACAGUAUGACAGAUCAUCUCAUUCUUCCUACAUGGAUGAGGAUUAUGAUUCUUUAGCCCUUUGUGACCCUAUGCAAAGGAUAAACUGUGAGGUUGACAGCUUACCUGAGAGCUGGUUUGACAGUGGUUUGUCUACCUUGAGAGACUCAAAUGAAUAUGAUUCAGAAGUGGAAUACAGGCAUCAAAGGAAUUUUCAAAGGUCACAGUGCACACAGGAAGGCUUUGGUGGUGAUGCUUCUGAUACAGAUGUACCAGAGAUUAAAGACGAAGAAGCUUAUAGUCCUGACAACGGCAGUUCAGUAUUAGACUGGAAACCUUCACUACCAGACAAUCGGAGCAGCUCUGUUGCAUCAACAAGGAAAUGUAUUUCUGCCCUCUCUCCUCAGUCAGAUGCAACAGAUCGUAACCUGAAAUACCCCAGGUCUGAGAAGGCUUACAAGAUAGUUCUUGCUGGAGAUGCAGCAGUAGGAAAAUCCAGUUUCCUUAUGAGACUUUGUAAGAAUGAAUUUCGAGGAAACACCAGCGCAACCCUGGGAGUUGAUUUUCAAAUGAAAAGGCUUAUUGUUGAUGGAGAGCCUACGGUGCUACAGCUGUGGGAUACAGCAGGACAAGAGAGAUUCCGGAGUAUUGCUAAAUCAUACUUCAGAAGAGCAGAUGGAGUGCUACUGUUGUAUGAUGUGACAUGUGAAAAAAGUUUUCUUAAUGUACGAGAAUGGGUGGAUAUGAUUGCGGAUGCAACUGGUGAAAAUAUUCCGAUCAUGAUGGUGGGAAACAAGGCAGAUCUUCGUCAAACAGUUUUAGAGCAAGGGCAAAAAUGUGUACCAGUAAACUAUGGAGAAAAAUUGGCUAUGACUUAUAAUGCACUUUUCUGUGAAACAAGUGCUAAAGAUGGAUCGAAUGUUGUAGAGGCUGUUCUUCAUCUUGCUCGUGAAGUGCGAAAAAGAGGUGGCAGUGAAGAUGACACCAGGUCAGUAACCAGUCUAUCUGGGACAGCUGUCAAAAAACCAACCCUCAUGAAGAACUGCUGCCACGUUUAAAUAGCAAAUUCCUAUUUUGGCCUAAAUAAUUUUAUUCGUGUAUUUUGAAGACUUUUUAAAGAAAAAGAACAAUGAAGGAUUUAAAUAAUGUAUUCUUCUUUCUACGGAUGUAUAUUACUAUACAGAAUUGGAGACCUUCAGAUCCUGCCUUCUACUUAUUCGUGCUGAUGCACUUGCCUUGUCUCUCAGGCCCUAACUUGACCUCACUUAUGCCAAUGGCAGUGAAGCCAAUUAGUGUAAAACUGCUGUGAGAUCAGAAUCAAGGCUGUUGUCUUUCCUAGGUGUCUGUGAUAGCCGGUACAUAGAGUACAGUAUUUUUAUUUAAUUUGUCUAGGUAUUUUGUUAUAAAGUGAAUAAGGUUUCAUACACUUAAAAUGCUAUUAUGCUUUGUUUAAAAUCAGAGAUCAAGCCACAUUCCAUCUUUAGUUCAUCUCAUCUUUCCUAUUUCAGCUUAUAUUACCUACUUUUCUAAAACCUCAAGACAUUGGAAGUUCAGGAAGUUUCAUUGCAAAAAUUGCAAGGCCAGAUUUACCAAAACACUUGACAAGUAUUUGAACUUUUCAAGUGAACCCAGUUUUGAAUAAUAUAAGUUUUGCAUCAAAACUAUGUGAAAUUGGUGGUUUAGAAUGCAUCUUUUUGAGAUUUGGGGCUUAGAUCUGAACCGAAGAGCAAAAUUAGGUAUAUCCUUCAUCCCCUGUCCCCUUCAAUCAGACCUGAGGAAAAUAUCUGUCUGAAUUCCUGCAAAGCAGCUUACAGACAGCUCAAAAGAGACUGUAUAUACUGAAAUACUGUAUAUACAGUAUAUAGGAACACUGGAUGGAUCUUCCUUCUCUUGUGGGAGACGCAAGAAUUAUCUGCCUCUGCAGAAGCUUCUUCAAGGAUCAGGUGAGCAAGGCGUGUGGCUGAUGACACAAAUGUUAUCCUGUCCAGUCCUGUGAAAUUUGAGCAGAAAAGCUACUCCAGGGGAGGACUGGCUUUUCAGCAUAUUCAUUCUAACUGAAAUCCCAAGGGCCAUCAUGGCUAGGGGAGGUUGCUGCCAAGGAGAAGGAAUGUUUGCAGACCAUUAGGAAUUCAUGAUCUCUUCUGUAUCUUGUGGGGAUGGAGUAGGGAAGAGAAGUAAAUCCUUCCCUGUCCUCAAAAGAAAAAGAUGAGAGGAACUCCAGAUGGCUAUCCUUGAGAUUUCCCUUUUCAAAGUCCCCUACUGUAAGCACAGGUUAAAAAGAUGACCCAAUUCUGGUUUUCUGAGAGAGCAUGCUUUGAGAGUAUGUAGGCUUGUAAAGAUGAUUUUCCUAGCAAGAAAAGGUGUGAAUAUAAGCUCUUUAUCUCAAUUCAAAAUAUUGCUCAGUCAUUGUCACUAACUUUUACUCUUUGUUACUAACACUUCCCAGAUUUUCCCAUUAACAGCUAUGCAGUUGGUCCAAUAAAUCAUCCUAACAAAUCCUUGCCUCUCACAUAAUUCCUAAACCAUCAUGGUUAUAUAACACUCCCAUUAACAGCUGUCUUUCAUGUAAAAAAAAACAAAACCCCCCAGCCAAAACCUGUGAUCAUUCUAACUGCUCUCUCACUUAUCCUUGAUUUCACUGACAAGGAAAGAGCAAUCACUUUCUCAAAUUCUGCAGGGAUAUUUUUAAGCAAGGAAGCUGUGUCUUGCUAAGAUUCAGAAGAGAAAUCUCAUCAGUAGUAAAGGUAUCUUUACCGGCAUUAAAUAGUUACAGUUUAAUAUUAAGGGCCCAGACUUAACAAACCCUUUUCGUACAUCUUCUGUGAACAUAAGGAUGCACAGAAUGGUAGAUGGGCAUGAUGCAUACAGCAUUCCUCAAUUUUGAACACCAUGUGUUACACCUUCUAUGGGCUGGAUUAGCAUUGGGUAAAAUGCUUUCAGUAUUUCAUCCUUUUUUAAAUAACUAAUUCCAUAUCUGAUAGAUGGAAUUAUUCUUUUCUUAAUUGUUGCCAGGUCUGAUUCCUGUAUUUUGU